GUGGCCUUGCUUUUGACGCUGGCAUUUCCAGGUGUGGGCUCCAUUGCGAACUUGAGCCUUGAGUCGCGCCGCCUGCAGGAUGCCUACACCUUCCUAACGUCCCAGCUGAACUGCCAGAUGUGCUGCGAGGAGGAGUGGCGAUCCUGCCUCUGCAUGCUUGGCUGCGACAUUUUCCAGGGCCAGUGCCACGGUAUCGAGGAAGUGGAGACGUGCAACGUGGUCAGAUCCUGCUACCGGAGGAUCGAUGACGCUUCGCCGAAAGGCUUCGACUUUGAUUGGCAAUGCCGCUUGAUGAAGUGCAUCUCCUACUGCUUGAGGCAUUCGGAGGUGUGUGAGCCCAUUCACACUGCCUUCAUCGCAGACUGCAACAGAGGCCGUGAAGGUGAACUCCAGAACUGUGACGUCGUAUGUGCGGGUGCGCGCUCGUCUGCGUACUUGCCUUCAUGGACGGUCCUCGCCUUGUUGGCAAUUGCUCACUGGGGCGAGGAUAAACCGCGCCAAGCAAGCUGGAGCAGAGCGGCCAGC